UCGAAACCAUCCAACUCCCGGCCACCCUCACGACUCCUCAAACAUGCAACAUGGUCUCCGGACAUGCUUCGAGAAGAAGCAUGGCGGAGACGAAAGCACGAUCACGUCAGCCGCAGUAGCACCCGUCGGCUAACCAAGAGUGUCUCUGAGGAUGAUUUACAGGAACUCAAAGCGUGUUUCGAACUCGGUUUCGGCUUUGAUUCACCCGAAACCGACCCGAAGUUAACCAAGACUAUACCUGCUUUGGAGCUUUAUCAUGCUGUUAAUAAACAGUACAAUGAUCAUAGCUUGUCUCGAUCCUCUUCUUCAUCUUCCAUUGUUUCUGAUAGCGGCAUUGCAAACACCACCACCAUAUUUAAUCCAGCUGAUGAUUUGCCUGCGAAGAAGAAUCGGUUGAAACAAUGGGCAAAGAUGGUUGCUUGUGUGGUGCGUCAAUCUUCUUCAUCGGCGGGUUCAAGUUCUUCUAAACAAAUUGAUUAAUACUAUCUUCUGGUAGGAAAAAAGAGUGUUUGGAUUCAUUUGUGUUAUAACAUGUUCAUACAUAGUCAUGGAUGGUCUCUUUCUAGUUUAUUAUACUUUUUGUUGUGUUUAAUUAUUGGAUGGAUUGGUUCUAAUUUUACUAUACACAGUGAUGUACAUUUGCAAACUCAACAAAUAUCAAAUUAAGGUGUUGAUUUGAUUUAUCUUUGCUAGUGGCUGGAUGCAAGAGACUAGU